AUUUAUAAAUAAUAAGUCACAUUUGGCAGUACAACGUGUUUAUUUUACUGCGUAAAAUUAGUAUUAUCAAUAGAUUUAUUAUAGUUUUUAAAUCAACACAUUAUCGAAUGUAUUUACAUUAUUAAAAAGAUGCAAGAACAAAAAGUAACUCAAGAGGAGGCAAAUAGUGAGAAGAAUGUAGUAGUUGACAGAUUAUCACUCAAUUUUGAUGGUCAAGAUGAGGUUGAUAGGACGAGACUCCCAAGUGAUAGAAUAAUGAGAAAAAUAUUUGAUGCUACUCAUAGUCUGAGUACAACUUUGGAUUUAUCGAAUUAUAAUUUAACAGAGGUACCCGAAGAAAUUCUUGACAUGUCUCAGUUACAAAACUUAUAUCUUAGUUAUAAUAAAAUAACAACUCUUCCAGGAAAUUUCUUUGAUAAACUAUCUAACUUACAGUGGUUAGAUUUAAGAUUUAACCAACUAAAAAGUCUACCGACAACGUAUAUAGGCCGUCAUAAAUGCUUAAGGAAUAUGUUGUUGGAAGGUAAUAAUUUGAGAACUUUACCAUUGGAAUUAGGUUUAAUAACAACAAUGGAUGGUUUAAAUUUAAGGGGUAAUCCUUUAGAAUUUCCUCCAUCCGAAGUAUUAUCAAAAGGAACCAAAGAAAUUCUUAAAUUCUUUAGAGAGAUACUUUUUGCAAAAAGUGGUAAGAAAGUUAAAUCGGAUGAUUCUGUGACAAAUAAUAGUCGAAAGACAUCAUCAUCAAGUGAAAACGAUUCGUCAACUGAACAACAACAACAACAACAACAACAACAGCAACAACAAUUAGAACAUGGCCUAGAAAAUAUGGAUAAAAUAUAUAAUCGUUCAAAAUCUAUAGAACGUGAAGAGUUUGUCGGACCAAUACUAAAACCAGUUGAUUUACAAAGGAAAAGUAGUUCAAAGAAAUCUCUUAAAAGCGGUGGAAACAGAAGUGGAAAGACUAGAUCAAAACAAUCAAAACGCAUAAUUGAUAUUACUGAAAGAGUUGAAGAUUCAGAAUAUAGAGAUUCAGAUAGAAGAUUGCAAAAACUUUUGGAACACGAAAGGAGAUUGGCUUUGAUGAAGGGGAUAAAUGAGGAGACUGAUAAAAUUCUCCAGAAAAGACGAGAUGCUGAAAGGCUACAAGAAUUCCGAGAUGAAAGCCGAAAGCGACAAAUUCAAAAGGAAAGGGAAAAAUUCUCUAAAGGAUUAUGUAAGAUCAUAUUUCAUCAACUUCAAUUCUUCUUCACUUUUUAAUUGUUUUUGCAUAUCUAUUUUCCUUACAUAGUCUAUAAGAAAGCUGCCGAAACUGCUCCGUUUGCAACAGAACAGUCUAAAUUAGUUACUGAUACAAAAAAGCAUGCGGAUAGGCUAAAAGCGGAGACGGAUAUAACUCUAAAGAUUGAAGAACAUCUUAAGAGGAUACACGAACGACGUUCUAAGCCAAAACAAUCUGCUCAAGAGGAAUUAAUUGCCGCCCAAAAGGAAUUAGAAAUAAUACAACAAUUACGUGGCGAUUUAAGGAACACCUCACAAUUCCGACCGUAUUUUCCACACUCUUAAAAAAAUUAUACAUCUUUGUAAGAUUAAAAAGCUAACAAGACUUAUAUAAUGCUUUCUCUUUUUUGUCUGUUUAUUUUCAAAGAAAGCUUCUUUCGUUUGGCUAAUCAUUUUUCCAGUAUUAUACAUACUUUUACUGUAUAUUUUCCAGUAUUUUUGUUUUUU